AUGUACACGCCCGUGGCAUCAAUGGGCAGCACCCGGCCCUCGUCGGGCAAGCAUCGCAAGUCCCUCUCCACGGGCGGCGGUCGGGCCUGGAGCGAUAGCGAGGAGUCGUAUCUGCUCCAGACGCGCAGUCAAAAGAUGCCGUAUAAGCACAUUGCCGCCCACCUCAACAAGACAGAGCUGGCCUGCCGGCUGCACUACCACCAGAUCUGCCACGGGACCAACCGCCGGAAGCGCAACCUGUCUACCUCGUCGGUGCACACCGACUACUCACACCUCUUGCGCGAGAGCUCCUCGGAGCCCGUGUCCAGGAUGAGCCCCGCGAGCGCCAGCUCGUCCGGGUCCGUCCGCCUCCCCAGCAUCGUGGACCAGGAGAAGCUCCCGUCGCUGCUGCCCAAGCCAACCAGCAACAACGACGCGUCUCUCCUCAUGGGCUACCCGACCGGGCAGCGCAUGCUCCCGGCCUUUGAGCACCCCAACAUGUCGUCCAGCAGCCAGAGCCUUUUCAAGCUCAAUACCAACUUGCCCUCGGUGACGGCGGCGCCGUCCCACGCCGCGUCGCACGUCGACCUCACGCGUCUGCACGCCAUCUACGCCGCGCACAGGAACACCUUUUGGGCCGCCAUUGCCCACGAGUACGGCGCCAACGCGUCACCCGCCAGCCUCGAGACGGCCUGGCGGACGGGUCGCUGCUGCCCCAAGAGCAGCGCCCACCACCAGGGCGCGAGCCCGAUGAUGACGCCCAACGCGAGCCCCGUCAGUGAGGCGAGGGAUACCUUUUCCACCAUGUCGGAGCGCUUUCCCCGGCUCCAGUCCCAGGCCGAUGCCGCUCCCGCAGCCCCGGCACCCAACCCGGAUGACACCCUCCCGCAGCCACCUCCGGCCAUGUCUUCUCAGGAUCGCCAGCUCCCCGAGGCCCAGGACGACCCCAAGUCGUCGCCUGACUACAUCCAGUUCAAUCACGAGGCCAUGCUGUACGCUGCCGGUGUGCCGGACCGUGACAUGAUGAAGAAUGCCGCCCAGGUCGGCAUUGCCUCUGUCUGCACCCAUCUUCUUGAGUUUGGCAAGAUUGUCAAGGACGCCGUCGAGCGUCAGAAGAUGAUUGCAUGGCAGUACAACACUGUCGGUGUCUCGGACGCGAUCACCAUGGGCAGUGAAAGCAUGCGCUUCUCUCUCCAGACCCGAGAGAUCAUCGCAGACUCCAUCGAGUCCGUCACCUGUGGCCAAUCCCAUGACGCCAACAUUUCUAUCCCCGGCUGUGACAAGAACAUGCCUGGCGUCGUCAUGGCUGCCGCUCGCCACAACCGUCCCUUUAUCAUGAUCUACGGCGGCACGAUCCGCAAAGGUCAGUCCUCGCUUCUGGAGAAGGAGAUCAACAUCUCGACAUGUUACGAGGCCAGCGGCGCCUAUGCAUACGACAAGCUCCACGCCAAGACCGGUGCUGGCAAGGAGGGCCGGACACCAAGCGAUGUGAUGGAAGACAUUGAGAGGCAUGCCUGCCCUGGCGCCGGCGCCUGCGGUGGCAUGUACACGGCAAAUACCAUGGCCACGGCAAUUGAAGCCAUGGGCAUGUCCCUCCCAGGAUCAUCCUCGUACCCCGCAGUGUCGCCGGAGAAGCGUAGAGAGUGCGAGAAGGUGGCCGCGGCCAUCAAGAUCUGCAUGGAGAAGGACAUCCGCCCCCGCGACCUCAUGACCAAAAAGUCAUUUGAGAACGCGCUGAGGCUGACCAUGAUCCUGGGCGGUUCGACCAACGGUGUGCUGCACUUUCUCGCCAUGGCCAACACGGCCGACGUGCCGCUGACGCUGGACGACGUCGCCCACGCCUCCGACACCACACCGUACCUCGCCAACCUGGCGCCCAGCGGACAGUACUACAUGGAGGAUCUCUACAAGAUUGGCGGCACGCCCUCGGUCAUCAAGAUGCUGAUCCACAAGGGCAUACUGCACGGCGACAUCCCCACCGUGACCGGCAAGACCCUGGCCGAGAACGUGGCGGACUGGCCGAGCCUCGACCCGGGACAGCAGAUCAUCCGUCCCCUCGAGAACCCCUACAAGGACUCGGGCCACAUCCGCAUCCUCAAGGGCAACUUUGCCCCGGGCGGCGCCGUCGCCAAGAUCACCGGCAAGGAGGGCACCUCCUUCACCGGCAAGGCACGCGUGUUCCAUAAGGAGCACGCACUCAACGAGGCGCUGUCGAGGGGCGACAUUAAGCGGGACGCCGGGAAUCUCGUCCUCAUCGUCCGCUACGAGGGACCCAAGGGCGGCCCAGGCAUGCCCGAGCAGCUGCGCGCGUCGGCGGCCAUCAUGGGGGCCGGCCUGUCCAACGUGGCGCUGGUCACGGAUGGGCGGUACUCGGGUGCGUCACACGGCUUCAUUGUCGGUCACGUCGUGCCCGAGGCCGCUGCGGGUGGGCCGAUUGCGCUGGUGGAGGACGGCGACGAGAUCACCAUUGACGCCGUCGCGAACCGCAUCGACGUGGCCAUCAGCGAGGAGGAGAUGGCCAGGAGGAGGAGUGCGUGGAAGGAGCCGCAGCCGCACGUCAGGAGAGGCGCGCUGGCCAAGUAUGCGAGUCUUUCCACCGUUCGUUUCGGCGCAAAUUGUCGCACAAGCAGCAUCAUGCAGCCUUCCGAGAACGAUCCCCUCCUCUCCAGCGAGGACCCCCCCCCUCAGACGGGUGCCUCCGACGAUAAGACCUCCAGACGAUCCUCGCGGGCGAGAGAGAUCGGGCUCUUCAUUUGGGCCCUCAUCGCCACAGCGGCUGUCAUCGUCCUUGCCGUCUGGGUGCAGCACAGCCAACAGACCGACCGCGGCAACCGGGAUCGCGACAACAGCAAUGGCGCGCCCAAGCGCAAUCUCGUGUUUAUGGUGUCGGACGGCAUGGGUCCUGCCUCUCUCUCGUUGACGAGGAGCUUCCGACAGCACGUUGACGGCCUGCCCAUCAACGACACGCUCGUUCUCGACAGGCACUUUUGGGGCUCGAGCCGCACGCUCUCGAGCAGCUCGCUCGUCACCGACAGCGCGGCCGGCGCGACGGCCUUCUCCUGCGGCAAGAAAAGCUACAACGGCGCCAUCUCGGUGACGCCCGACUACCAGCCAUGCGGCAGUGUCCUGGAGGCGGCCAAGCGCGCUGGCUACAUGACCGGACUGACGGUCACCACCGACAUCACCGACGCAACACCCGCCUGCUUCGCCAGCCACGUCUUGUUCCGCGCCUUGGAGGACGACAUUGCCCUACAAGAGGUCGGAGACGGCGUCCUCGGGCGCACCGUCGACCUCAUGCUAGGUGGUGGCCGCUGCCACUUCCUGCCCAACACGACCGAGGGUAGCUGCCGCAUGGACGACGUUGACGUGGCCAAGAUGGCCCAGGACAAGUACAACUGGACCUACGCCGACUCGCGCUCCGCUUUCGACAAGCUCGAGGGCGGCGACAAGGUCAACCUGCCCUUUAUGGGUCUCUUUGCGGGGGCGGACAUUCCCUUUGAGCUGGACCGCCGCAGCAUGAACGACGUCUACCCCUCGCUGAGCGAGAUGACCGAGACGGCUCUGCGGUCUCUCGAGCUAGCCACCAAGGACUCCGACAUGGGCUUCUUCCUCAUGAUCGAGGGUAGUCGCAUCGACCACGCCGGCCACAUCAACGACCCUGCCGCGCAGGUGCACGAAGUGAUUGAGUACGACCGCGCCUUCAAGGCCGUUCUCGACUUUAUCGAGCGAUCGGACACCGAGACCGUCCUGGUCGCCACCAGCGAUCACGAGACGGGUGGUUUGGCCACCGCGCUUCAGGAGCCUGGGCAUCUGCCUGUGUACGGCUGGUACCCCAAGGCGCUCGCGCAAGCUACCGCGUCCUGUGAGCACCUCGCCAUCAAGCUGCAGCAGCAUGUCCUUGGCACAGCCAUGUCCAAGGAUAAGCUCAAGGACUGGAUCGAGAACGAAAUCAUCGUCAAGGGGCUCGGCAUCACCGACUCAUCCGACGAGGAGCUCGACGUGCUCGCUGCGGACCCAGCCGGUGCACUGACCGUUCUCUCGGCCAUGAUCUCCCUUCGUGCCCAUGUCGGCUGGAGUACGCACGGUCACACCGCCGUGGACGUCAACGUCUACUCCUCUGGUGGGCCUGGGACCGAGGCGAUCAGGGGCAACAUUGAGAACACGGAUGUCGGCACCUUUUUGCGGGAGUACCUCGAUGUGGACGUCGAGGCCAUCACCGCGGAGCUCAAGGAGAAGAUGGAUUUGGGCAGCAUGGACGUGGAGUCCAUGGUGCAUGACUAUUUCAUGUAA